AUCUAUAUACAGAUAACACAAAAAUUCGCCGCUUUAAAAUAUUAUAUUUAUUGAUAAUUAUAUUGUUAUAAAUUAUAAUACUUAAAAUGUGAUUAAUAUUUAAUAACUAUUUUGUAUUACAAUAUAGAAACUAAUAAAAUAAGAAGAUGUACGUCAGAAAAUUAUUGAUGAAACAUACCUUACAACAAGUAUUAAAUCGGCAUAAACUUUCGAGGAAUAAGAGCAUGAAAACUUUUGAUAAAAAUAAAUGGAAAAGUGUUGUCGGAUUGGAAAUACAUGCUCAAAUUUCAAGUGAAUCAAAGUUGUUUAGUGCUGCGGGUACUAAAUUUGAUGCAGUGGUAAAUUCACAAGUAGCAUUGUUUGAUGCUGCAAUUCCUGGAACACUUCCUAGUAUUAAUGAAAAGUGUGUUGAGGCAGCCAUAUUAACUGCGUUAGUAUUAGGAUGUAAUAUAAAUACAGUGUCAUCAUUUGAUCGUAAACACUACUUUUAUGCAGAUAUGCCGGCAGGUUACCAAAUAACUCAACAGUUUCAUCCAUUAGCAGAAAACGGCCAACUUACUUUUCACGUUAUAGAUGAUAAUAUAAAUAAAGUUCCCUACAGUAAAACUUCUUUAAUCAAACAAGUACAGCUAGAACAAGACAGUGGUCGCACAAUUCAUGAUGAUUCUACUAAAACUUCACUUAUAGAUUUAAAUCGUGCUGGAACAGGGUUAAUGGAACUUGUGUUUGAACCUGAUUUGUGCAAUGGUCUUGAAGCUUCAGCUUUAGUCAGAGAAUUAUUACUAAUAUUUGAACGUAUCAAAACAUGUUCUGGUCGAAUGGAAGAGGGUGCGUUAAGAGUUGAUGCAAAUGUUUCAAUCACAGAUAGUGAUCAACUAGGCACACGGACUGAAAUAAAAAAUUUGGGAAGUAUACGUGCUGUACAGCUAGCAGUUGAUUAUGAAAUUGUUCGUCAAUUAAACCUGGUAAAAGAAGAAAAAGAAGUAGUGAAUGAAACAAGAGGAUGGGAUUCUGUUACUAACAAAACAGUAUCAAUGAGAGACAAAGAAGUUUUACAAGAUUAUCGAUUUAUGCCAGAACCUAAUUUAUUACCACUUAAUUUAAAUAUGUUUGAUAUUAAUAAAUUACAAACAAAAAUACCUGAAUUACCAACUGUAACUCGUAAUAAUAUAAUGAGUAAAUAUGGCUUCAAUAUAAGGAAAACUACUACUUUAAUGAAUGAACCUGUUUUAUUAUCAAUGUUUUUUGAAAUAAUGAAUUAUGAUACAUUUAGAAACCCAUCAAGAGUUUGGAAUGUGUUGACCAUUGAAUUUAUGACAGAGUUAAAUAAGAGAUCCAUCGAACCUAGGCGAAGUGAAAUUCCAUCUUCUAUCAUCGGCGAAAUUGUAGAUUUACUAGAUAAUAAAUUAGUGAACUUGGUUCAUGCAAGAAAAGUUAUUGCUAAAAUUUUUGAUGAAAAAAAUAAAUCUCCGUCUCAAAUUGUAGAAGAAAAUAACUGGCAACAAAUUUCUGAUGUAGAAGAAAUAGAUAAAUUAUGUAAAGAAAUUAUGCUUGAGUAUCCAAAGGCUGUUAAGGAUUAUCGUAGAGGAAAAUUACAAGCCAAACAAUUUUUAAUAAAUCAUAUUGCAAAAAACACAAAUGACCGUGCAAAUUUAGCUCUUGUUUCAAAAAAAUUAGAAGAAUUCUUAAACAAUUAUUAGAUUGUGUUUGUUAAGUUUUAUUAUUGUUUUGUAUAAAUUAAAUUUGUGGUCUGAAAUAAUUGUUUGAAUAGCUAAUAACAAUAAUCAGUUCAGUCAGUUUGUUAAUUUUAUUUUGUUUAAAUUUAAAUAUAUUUUUUUAUUCACAUUUUGUAACUUAUUAACAUAACUAAAUAGUAAAUUUAUCAUCGAUCAUAGUGUAUAACUUUUGGCAGCUAUUAGUUUGAACAACUAAGUAUCUACCACUAGAUGUCCUUUUCCUUCGAUCUGAAUCUAGGUGCCCAUACUUCAGUAUUUAAACAUAUACCUCCAUGUAUUGUAAUAGAAAAAUAUAUUUAUUUUUUCUGUGGA